AUCUAAAGCCCAAGCCGUCCUAGUUUCUUUGCAUCACUAUUCUCUCCGUCUUGUAUUGUAGACUCUCUCUCUACCUGCCCUAGAGAAGCCCAACAGUAAUUUUCACUCAUUAUUUGGUUCUUCAGCUCUUAUCCUUGGCUUCCCUUCGCUCGCUCAGACACGCUCCCGCACAUCGACGCACCAUGAGCUCAAGACCCAAGAGCAGCAACAUCACCCCCGAGUCUCUGUGGACAUGGACGACGACCACCCCGAACGGCAAGCCCCGGAGGAAGAGGGGCGACAAGCGUUCCCCCAUCACCGAGUUCCUCCAGGACAAGCACCAGCAGCUCCAGGAGCUGGUCCCGGGUCCAGGGGCCGGCUUCGGGGUCGGGUGCGGAGCCGGGCUGGGCCUCGGCAUGGUCGGCGGGCUCGGCUUCGACGGCUCGCCGUGGAGCCACCUGAAGCUGGUGUUCGGGGUCGGCAUGGGCUGCGGCGUCGGGGUCGGCUUCGGGUACGGGCGAGGAUUUGGAUACGGCGCUAGCUUGGAGUCCCUGUCCAGAGACUCCAAACGGAGCUCUAAGUCUGAGAGAAGGAUUAUCAAUUUGUAGCCUGAGAUUGAACCCUUUUAUGGCAAUUUGGUUUUUUGGCUGGCUUUCCGAUUCUGUGUGCUUAUUGAGUGUUUGGAAUGGUGCAUUGCAUCUUUCACUCUAACUUGGUGGUUUGUGAAGAACAUCUGCAGAUCGAUGUUUCAUUGAGAUAAUCGCAUUAGCCAUUGACUUUGUCAGAAGAUUAA